AUGGCGAAAGUAUACGACGUUGUUGAGCAGACUCCCCUCACACAUGCUGUAAAUCUCAGCAACCGACUAGAGACUACAGUAAUGCUCAAGCGAGAAGACUUGCUUCCAGUAUUCUCGUUCAAAUUGCGAGGAGCCUACAACAAGAUGGCCCAUUUGACACAAGAAGAACGAUGGAAGGGCGUCAUUGCUUGUUCAGCUGGCAACCACGCUCAAGGUGUAGCGUUCUCUGCACGUAAACUACGCAUUCCAGCAACCAUCACCAUGCCACUUGGCACUCCAGCCAUUAAACAUCAGAACGUCUCUAGGCUUGGCGGUAAUGUCGUCCUUCAUGGAGCGGACUUCGAUGAAGCGAAAGCGGAAUGCAAUCGGAGAGCGGCAUCCAAUGGACUUACGAAUAUUCCUCCAUUCGACGAUCCGUAUGUCAUUGCAGGGCAAGGAACCAUUGGCAUGGAAAUCCUUCGUCAGGCGGAUACCGACAAGCUGGAGGCCAUAUUCUGCUGCGUUGGUGGAGGUGGCCUCAUUGCUGGCAUCGGUACAUGGGUGAAGCGAGUUGCUCCUCACGUGAAGAUCAUUGGCGUGGAGACAUUUGAUGCGAACGCAUUAGUACAGUCUCUAAAGCUCGGAAAGAGAGUGACGCUUCCAAGUGUCGGACUUUUCGCGGAUGGGGCAGCCGUCAAGACUGUCGGUGAAGAGACCUUCCGUCUUUGUCAAGAAGUCGUCGAUGAGGUUGUUCAGGUCGACACAGAUGCUAUUUGUGCAGCCAUUAAGGAUGUGUAUGAAGACACGAGAUCUAUUCUGGAACCAGCAGGAGCGCUUGCCUUGGCCGGACUGAAGAAAUAUGUUCGGUCAAAUCCAUCGCAGGACACUCGUCGCCAACUCGUCGCUGUGGCUUCAGGAGCGAAUAUGAAUUUCGAUCGACUCCGCUUCGUAGCCGAACGCGCUGCAAUUGGUGAGAAGAAGGAGGCAUUAUUAGCAGUCACGAUUCCGGAGCGACCAGGCGCUUUCGCUAAGCUCAUAGAAACAGUCAAUCCGCUGGUCGUCACCGAAUUCUGCUACCGAUACGCCACAGAAGCAGCAGCAAACGUCCUCAUCGGAAUCCAGGUCGCAGCCGCCGCUCGAGUCCGUGAUGUACAAGACCUGAUGCACAGAUUAGAAAACGAAGGCAUGGCCAGCCGCGACGUAACAGGAGACGAAAUCGCGAAAACACACAUUCGAUAUCUGAUCGGAGGCCGAAGUAAUGCGGCCAACGAACGACUUUUCGCCUUCGAGUUUCCGGAACGAGGUGGAGCGCUCUACAAAUUCUUGACGACGCUGCAACCAGGGUUCAAUAUCUCACUUUUCCAUUAUCGAAAUUAUGGAGGUGACAUUGCCAAGAUUCUGGCUGCGAUCCAGACACCUCCGGAACAGGAAGCGGAAUUACAGAAAUUUCUCAAGGAUCUUGGAUAUGGAUACACGGAAGAGACGGAUAAUGAGACGUAUCAGAUGUUCAUGAGAGGUUAGCUACAGCUCUGCAUGUGGUAUCAGAGCUAUGGAGUUGGAGGCUUUUUGCGUGGUCUGUUAUGGCUAGCUCUGCAGUGAGGGUCAGGAGCUUAGCUCGUAGACAAUGGCCGAGAGAUAGCGCGUUCAAAUGGAGUUGACCCUCG